AUGGGAAAAGGAAAGCCCCGUGGAUUAUUAGCGGCUCGAAAGCUCCAAACCCAUCGCCGGGAUCAACGAUGGGCCGAUCUCUCGUACAAGAAGCGCGCGCUUGGAACGGCGUUCAAAUCAUCGCCAUUCGGAGGAUCAUCUCACGCUAAGGGCAUUGUGCUUGAAAAGGUCGGAGUCGAGGCCAAGCAGCCAAACUCGGCCAUUCGCAAGUGUGUUCGGGUCCAAUUGAUCAAGAACGGAAAGAAAGUGACGGCUUUCGUGCCUAACGACGGUUGUCUCAACUUUGUUGAUGAAAACGACGAGGUACUACUGGCAGGAUUUGGACGAAAGGGAAAGGCCAAGGGAGAUAUUCCUGGAGUGCGGUUCAAGGUAGUGAAGGUAUCAGGUGUGGGACUAUCUGCUCUAUGGAAAGAGAAGAAGGAAAAGCCUAGAUCAUAA